ACCCAUUUUAAUGGAAAAAAUACAUUUCCCAUAAUGCAAUUUAACUUCCGGGUUUAUGACGUAGCGUGAGUACCGCCGCGUGUAAACAUUGGCAGGUCGCUGCUGCUGUUUACAUACAUCUCAUGUAGCGGUUUCAGCGUUAACAUUGGUGUUUCUACUGGGAGUGAAAAGACGAAAAAGGGAUGGAAAUUGAAAACUCACAGCCGUACUUCUUCGGAGACAUCGGCUUCUGGUCUGAGAGAACAGAGGUGCAUAAAGCAGCGUCCCUUGGUCAGGCAUCUCAGCUGCAGCAGCUUAUUAAGAGUGGAGCGUCUGUCAACAUAGUGGCUGUGGACUCCAUCACACCACUGCACGAGGCCUGCCUCCGCGGACAGACCCAGUGUGUGCGACUACUACUGGAUGCUGGAGCCCAGGUGGAUGCGAGGAACGUAGAUGGCAGCACUCCACUGUGUGACGCCUGCUCUGCUGGUAGUUUGGAGUGUGUCAGACUCUUGCUGGAUCACGGAGCCAAAGCAAACCCUGCACUUACUUCCCGCACAGCAUCACCACUCCAUGAAGCCUGCAUGGGAGGAAAUUCAGAUUGUGUAAAGCUCCUCAUAUCCAUGGGUGCUUGUCUAGAGGCGUACGACCUUUACUAUGGGACACCACUGCACGUCGCUUGUGUUAACGAACACACAGACUGUGUCAAAGUGCUGCUCAAUGCAGGUGCCAAAGUGAACGCUGCUAGGCUUCACGAGACGCCGCUGCACCACGCUGCUAAAAACAUGCGAGUGGAAAUGAUUGAGAUCCUGGUGGAAUUCGGAGCAAACAUUCACGCAAGAGAUCAGCAUGACAAGAGACCGGUGGACUACACCACUCCAGGGUCACCUUCGGCUGCCUGCUUGAAGUUUUAUGAAACCACUCCGAUGAGUCUGCAGCAGCUCAGCCGGUUGGUUCUGAGGAACAAUCUGGGCUCAAGAGCUGUGAAGGUGAUACCUCAGCUGGACAUCCCAAAACUCCUCAUCAGCUACCUCUGCUAUCAGUGACCCGUCAGCUGCAGGAGGAUCGACGGUUAAAGAAACACUGGAGACGUACAAAGCUGCUGAAGAAGCACAGAGAAGGUGCCAUUGUUUUAGAUACCAUCACAGUAGAUACAAAGUUGGCAACAAGCACAAUGUUCUGUCAUUCUUCUUCUAAAAAUUGGUUCUUUCUGGUGCUGUUUUUACGCUAACGAAAUUCAAUUAACAGGUUCAAACUGACAAAAAAAUAACUAAAAUACAACACAUGCAAAUAGAGGGAAGGCUAUUUCUUAAACUAUUGUAAGCAAAGGGUGCUGCAGCACUCAUGUUUCAAGUUUUUAAUGAUGUUUUUAACGUUGUUGCAGCAACAGAAAGAAGCAACAUUUUAAAACAGACAUGGACAUCACUUUUACUGCUGUAAGUCCCUUUUAAAGAAGUUGUUUUGCAGCAGCUGAUGAUGUAAGAACUUCAGCCCAAUGCAACUCAAGAGUUUCUCAAGUGCACAGAUGUUCAAAAUAUCAGCUGUCACAACAAAGUGCACAAAGAUUUGUCACUGUAAAUAAAGCCACCAGAAUUGCUUAAUACCCCUAAAACGCGCCAGUCUGACUCACAGGAUGAAGAUGCCAUGUGUAAACCUGAUAUUAGCCGUUUAUUUUGAGCAUAAUUUCCCUUCACUUCUGUUGCCUACUUGUGAAAGUUCUCGAAAAUCCCCUCCACAAUGUGAUCAACAGAAAUAUAGGAGCUAAUGACUGAUAUAUUUAAAGUUUUGACAGAUUUAGAUCAUGCAAAAGGCAGGCCUAAUGACUGUAAGCUUUCCUUAUUUGCUCUUUUAAUGUUUUAUGUUGCAAUCUUUUGAUUAAUGGUCUUAAUUUUAGAGAAACUGCCUCCCAGCAUAUAAAUAUUCCAAUAAAAAGGCUCUCUUGUUGUGCAA